GCCACAGCGAGCAAGCAAUUAACCUUGAUGCAUUAACUCAGAGAGAGAGAGAGAGAGAGAGAGAGUGAGUGAGUGAGUGAGUGAGUGAGUGAGUGAGUGAGAGAGAGAGAGAGACCGCGUGCAGGUGUGCAGAGGGACCCGUAGCUCAUUUUGGAGGACGAAUGCGACCCGCACGCAUGGACGCGAGCGAGUGAGCGAGCGCUGGGCUGCAGUCCGGAGUCCGGAGCGCGGGUUGAAGCUGUGAAGGCGUAGUGGUCUCAGUGGAUCUGGAGCUGGAGGCGGGGGGUUAGAAACGCAGACAUGCAGAAGUGAGGGGAGCUCGCGUGCUGCUGCUGCUUUUGGGCUUCUAUCACCUCCCCCCAAAUCCCCCCCCCCCCCCAAAUAUUCGGCGAUGAGGACCGCGCGCUGAAGCCCAAGAGCACAUCCGUCCACGAGCGCACACGACAGCAGCGGCAGCAUCAGCAUCAUGACUGUCUCCAAGAAAACCGUCAUCACCAGGCUCUUCAAAGUUCGCAAGAGGCGCGAGCUGCUGCUGGCGCAGGCGGGCUGUGUGUGCAGCGUGCUGUGUGUGGCGUGGUGCAUGUCAGCCCUGCUGACCGAGGCAGGUCACGGCAUGAUUGUAGAUGGAGGAUCGCAGAAUCAUGACCACUGGGGGCGAAGACUGAUGGCCUCCAUGGCGGACAAUGACACCCAGGAGAAGAACUGCACUGAGCCCGCUGUCCAUGAGUUUCCUGAUGACUUCUUCACCAACACUGAGAGGAAGAGUGGAGCAGUACUAUUCCACAUCCUAGCGGCCCUCUACAUGUUUCUGGCUCUGGCCAUUGUGUGUGACGACUACUUUGUGACAUCGCUGGAGAAGAUUUGUGAGAAGUUGGAUCUGAGUGAGGAUGUAGCUGGAGCCACCUUCAUGGCUGCGGGAAGCUCCGCCCCAGAGCUAUUUGCAUCUGUAAUAGGUGUGUUUAUCACUCAUGGUGACGUGGGAGUUGGAACCAUCGUCGGUUCUGCAGUCUUCAACAUCCUCUGCAUUAUCGGAGUGUGUGGUAUUUUUGCUGGACAGGUGGUGCUGCUGACCUGGUGGGCUGUUUUCCGUGACUCCGUCUACUACAUCGUGUCUGUGGUGGCACUGAUUGCAUUCAUCAUUGAUGAAAAGAUCGUGUGGUGGGAGAGCCUGGUGCUGGUGGUCCUGUAUGCAGGAUACAUUUUAAUAAUGAAGUUCAACUCCAGCAUGCAGACCUUUUUCAUGGGGAAAGGCAGCAAAAAUGUAGCCAAUGGUAACGCGGCGAGUGGCAAUGAGUUGGAGGAUGUCAAGCCCAGUAAGGCCUUCACCCGAGGUUCUGUGGUCAUGGUGGAUGAGAUUAUCAACGCUAGCCCUCCAAAUUACCGCUUUCCUGAGGCUGGCCUUCGUGUGAUGGUCACCAACCACUUCGGCCCAAAAACCCGCCUGCGUAUGGCCAGCCGGCUCAUUAUAACUGAGCGUCAGAAGCUGGUUCAGGGAGCUAACGGAGUGGAGACAGCAGUGAUUGACGGGAAGCCUGACAUUGAGAACGGAAACGUGCCGGAGGAUAAACCCAGCGAGGAGGAGGAUGGAGAACUGACCUCGCCAUUCAGAAUCCCACGGGGGUGUAUGAACAAGACUAAGUGGCUGAUCUCAUGGCCGCUGCUGCUGCUGCUGUUCUUCACCAUUCCCAACUGCGCAAAGCCUCGCUGGGAGAAAUACUUCAUGUUCUCCUUCCUUCUUUCCACCGUCUGGAUCGCCAUCUUCUCCUACUUCAUGGUGUGGAUGGUGACUAUAAUCGGAUACACUCUUGGAAUUCCGGAUGUUAUAAUGGGAAUCACGUUCCUGGCAGCAGGAACCAGUGUCCCUGACUGCAUUGCCAGCCUGAUUGUAGCCCGACAAGGGCUCGGGGACAUGGCAGUGUCUAACACCAUUGGCAGUAAUGUGUUCGACAUCUUGGUGGGGCUGGGGGUUCCCUGGGCUCUGCAGACGAUGGCCAUCAACUAUGGAUCAGUGGUGAUGAUAAACAGCCGAGGGCUGGUGUACUCUGUGGUGCUGCUGCUGGGCUCUGUGGCUCUCACUAUCCUGGGCAUCCACAUCAAUAAGUGGAAGCUGGACUUCAAACUGGGGGUGUACGUGCUGAUCCUGUACGCUGUCUUCCUCUGCUUCUCCAUCAUGAUCGAGUACAAUGUCUUCACCUUCGUCAACCUUCCCAUGUGUCAGGAGGACCAUUAGAAGCUCUCAGACCUCCAUGCAUAAGGCAUCUCCAGGUGUUAAUAACAUCCAAACGUAGAUCCAGAAUACAUCACCACCACAUACCCUCAUCCCUUCUGAACUUACCUUCUGAGCAGUGCAAUCAAACGUGCUAACUUGGCCAAUAGCAAUUGGAUGAAAACUCAUAGCUACCAUUUAGCAUUACUCUGUUAACAUACUGCUGAUUUUUGGCUGUUCAGUCACUGUUGGCAACAUUAGCACAUUGAACAAUUCCAAGAAUAAUCAAGACCGCUAUUCUUCCACUGUAGUGUUAAAAACCACCAUUACCUCAAAGUUGACUUUCCUUCAGCUGGGGCAAACGGAGCUGCCCUUGUCUUGCAGUAACCAACAGCAGAUGACCUACAACUCCAUUGGAUUCAAUAUAGUCUUCACCAAGUUCCCUCUGUUUGGAAUCUCCACAGCGCAAGGCUUCGAUGAUCUCCUGGAAGUCACCAAUUUUUCUGUUGUAAUUUAAAAACAGGUACCUACUCAUUUCUACGGUUUAAAUCCACCCCUAAAACUACCACACGAACCCCUAAUCGACAACCUACAUCUGCAACCUGCACUUUCUGAUCCAUGAAGAGGAUCUUCUUGUUGGCAGCUCUUCUUUUCCAUCCAAAAAAGAAUAAAGAACAUCCAUGUCCCAGAGUAGAACGCUCAUCUGCCAAAUAUGGACAAUAUCCCACUGGUCAUCCUGCCUGAAUUUGAAGAGAUACCUACCUUUUUGUACAUUUUUGCUUCUUUUUUCGUUUGUCACUAUAUUUAUUAAUUUAUUUGUAAACAUUUUUCUCUCUUUUUGUCUCUCUUUGUAGGAGACCACGCCAGAUGUGCAUGCUUUCCUAUUUUUGUGGCACUACAUUAUGUAAACAUUGUUUGUUUUGUUGUUCAAAGGUUUGCAAAUAGAGUGAAAACAUGUUUGGCUGUUGCACUUUCAGGUUGUCCUUUGUGUCAUGCCUCUAGGUGAAAUUGCUCUUUUUUAAGGGAUGUCCUCUGGCCGUUUGAAGCGGACCGCUGUGUAAAUGUAUUCUCAGUUUGGAAAUGGGACAGUGAGAAAUGGGUCAUCUCUGUGCACAGCACAAGCAAUGUUUCUGUUUGCAGUAUGAAGAAUUUCUGGGAUUUCUGGUGAAGCCUGUGUGAAAACACAUGGCCUUUACGUGGUGUGAGGAGACGUAUUUAUUUUUUUGUGCAGGAAUUGGAGAGAGGGUUUGACCCUCACUUUAUCCAUCAGCAGAUGGAGGGUCGCGAUCACAGCCGUUCUGUAUCAGGGAAUAUUAUGGGUUUAUAACACCCAUCAGUGGCAUUGAUGGUGUUCUUUUGACAAUUUAACAUGUAGAUACAUGCACUUUAAAACAAAGCAAGCAAGCAGUCCUCCAUCACUGAACAAGAACCAGUGCUUCCUUCUGUUAGGUAUGUGUGUGUAUGUGGGUAAGAUUUAGAGGAUCUCCAUGUAUCACCUUGACUGCUUUGUGAGCACAAGCCCUCGAGAGUGUUUUGUCCACAGUGCAUGAUGGGACGUUUGCUGAGCCCAUGGUCCAAUCACAACCUGGCAGCUAUGAGCAAAAACUGCAGUUGAGACGGUGCGAAAACGAACAGGGACUCGCUGGCUUGAAAGAAGAAAUGCCAUCAUUGAAAAAAUGUGUAUGCUUUUGUGUCAGAAAAGCUGAGAGUUGAUGCUACUAUAUGCAAUUUCAAUAUGAGCAUCACUCUUGGGUCCUCAUCUCAUUUCGCUGAAGGACAAACAUGAACCUCUUCUGCUAGGUGGAUGGUCCGAGUAACUCAAAGUUGUUAGGAAUUCGCAAUACUAGUUUUGGGUGGGGAGAGGGUCUUUUACAAAGCAUUUUCUCAGUUAGCUGGAUUUCUUAAGCCCAAUGUGAGGACUUCCUAUUGGGCAGGUUUAAAUAUAGGCUAUCUGACAGGAUCUAGCUGGAUAGGCUUGGACUUGGGCCAUCUGGUAAACUGAGAGAUCUGGCUAAUAGAAGAAUCUUGCUAGAAAGGCUUGGAUUUGGUCCAACUGAAACACUAACAGGACAGACUUUAAUUUGGGCUAUCUGGCUAACUUAGAAACUAAUGGACCACAUUCAGGCCAGUUCUGUCUGGCUAGCUAAGAGAUCUAGCUAACAGGCAAAUUAACCAGACCGGCUUAAAUCUGGGCUGUCUAGCUAACCGGCUUGAAUGUGGGCUCUCUGGCUAACUGAGAGAUUUAGCUAACUGAGAAUCUUAUUGGAUAAGCCUGAAUGUGGGAUGUCUGACCUCAGUUUGGACCGGACUGUUUUGAAUUUGGGCUGUGUAGCUAACUGAGAGAUCUAGCUAACUGACCGAUUUCAAUUUGGACUAGACUGGCUUGAAUUGAGCCAAUUGAAGAAUCUUGCUGGAUAGGCUUUGAAUUUGGGAUAACUGGGAUCUGGCUAACUUGGACAGGCUUGAAUUCGGGCUAACUGUCUAAAUAAAAAGGUAACCGGACAGGCUUGAAUUUGGGCCGACCAAUAAACCUUGCUCUGUGAAAUAUCCCCCACCCCAGCAGUGAGAGACUGGACAGAAUGCCCUGAAUGGGGACACUAGCUGACCGUCUUCCCCAGGGCAUUAUUUUCCACCUUUCUUAACUGUGCGUUUGAGAAGACUGGGGUCUGUGCGUACCACCUCCUGCUCCUCUGUGGGGGAAGAAACUCCACAGGCUGUGAGACUUUAUUGAAGCUGCUACUGUGACUGGGAGGAAGUUGAUCACACAUUGGAUGACCUGGCCAUAGGUCCUGCACACCAUUGUAAUAUGUUGUAAUCUCUCCCUUUGCCCAGACUCUUGGUUCCUCUUGCCUCAACGCUCAACUCCACAGAGUCUGUUUUAUGUUUGAAUGGCAUCAGAUACUGGACCUGAUUUCAUGGAGAGAAAAACUCUUCUUUAGUGCCAUUUUCAAAACUUUACUGACGUUGUUAAAGCUGAAUUCUCAGCUAUCUUUUUUUUUUUUUUCUUUCCACUUUUUGUUGUAAGAAAAGCUUACAUGUACAUACUUGGUGUUUAUGGGUGGUGUCUGUGCUGUGGUCACGCCCACUUUGCCCCCCCCCCCCCCCCCCCCAUCUGAGAGGAACAGCAUUGUUGUGGUCUUGUACUACGUUUCAUCCAAGACACAUACAUGCCAAUGUACUCAAUCUCACUGGAUCUUAACUGCAUAUUUCUUAAUAAUCACGUAUCAAAAGGUAGAAUUUCAGGUGGUGUAUAUGUUGUAAUUGUAUCUUACAGAUUGUAUGAAAAUGUGUACAAAUUAAACGCACAUAAAACAGAUUUAAUAUGACUAUGAAACACGGUGGAAGCAUCUUUAGUACAUUGCGAGCGAAAGCGACCCUAUGCACUGUGAGUUCAAUCUGAUGUGGGAUUUAUGUCUAUAAUAAACACGGAUAAAGAGGUAUAUGUGUAUAUAUAUAUUUAAUGUAAAGUUAGGUACUAUGAACCAUAACUGAUAACAUCUGUAUAACUUAUUUGAAUGUAUUGUCUUGCUAUAAUGGACAUAUCCAACCAAUGCAUUUUACUGUAAAGCAAUAACAUACAAAAGAAUCAAAGGAAUUCCUGUACAUUUGUCAUAUAAGUCUUUAGAAAUGGGAUGUUAGUCACAAAUUAAAUGUUGCCAUUUAUACCUGUU